CACGCUUCGCCUUCAAUCCUCAAACGGACUCCUCGGUCAUUCAGCCCCCCUCCCGCCCAGGUCCAUCCUUCAUUAAGGGGAGCAGCCUGCCACUGUUAAAACGUGGAGGGAAGGACACAGAGAGGGACGCCCGCCGCUGACUGCGCGGCUCCAUUGUUAGUCUGGUUAAAUUUACGAUUUUGUCGACAUAUUUAGUGCAUUUUACCUCCGUGCUGGACCUAGAGGGAGGGACUGUUUGUUUCUCCCGGAGUCUUCAGGAGCAGAGGCGGCGGUUGAAAGGACAUUAAGGUGUGAGAGGAACUGGCCAUUCAAGACGAGUGUGAGCAGUUGGACCCUACUUAACAGCAGCAACAUCAGUGUCCACACCUUAGGAGGAGGGGAUGAAACCGGAUGGGGUUACCAUGGAAACCACGGAGCCCACUGAAGCUGCAGAAGUAGCAGAGCCAUCUUCAUCGCAGGACAACUCAACAGAGCAAGCAUCAUCUAAACCAGAGGAUGCUGCGACUGAUGCAGUGCCCGCGGCUGCUCCAAAAGCCAAUGGCAAGCCAGUGGCAGCAGAGCCCAAAGUCAAACUAAAAGCCGUUGCAACUAAAAUACAGCCCACAGCCAAAUCUGUAGGGGCUUCUGGAUCCAACUCACGGCCAGGUACUGCCUCGCACCGUAUGAUGAAUAAUGUCAAAUCCUCCAACAAUGUCUCUGCAGCUGCGGUCAAGAGAACAACAACGACAACCGCAGCAAAAGCAUCAGCAGCGGGAGCUGUACCUAAAAGACCACUGGGUGCAGCAGCGGCUUCCACCACGGUCAGGAACCAAAAUCGAGUGCCUGAAAAGAAGUCUGUUGGACCUUCUGGGACUACCUCUGUUGCUGCUUCCACAGUAACAAAUGGUACCAAGCCAACAACAGUGAAUGGCACUAAGAGGAGACCAGUGGCUGAGACUGCUAAUGCAGCAAGACCCAAAACCAUACCUGCUACCAGCAGACCAAUGGUGUCCACUGCCCCAAAAAACAGCACUUCGACUACAACAAAAGCCGGCAGUGCUGCUGUUUCAAAGACCACAAGGCCUGCUACAGCUCCCUCAACAGCUCGGCCUGCGUCCACCACAUCUAGGCCCACCACAGCUACAACCAAGUCCUCCACCACUGCAGUUGCCAAAACCGCUGCCUCUAGACUUACUACAGCAACCUCUACUGGCAGGACCACAGCAGCACAGCCUCCCAAAACUGCUGCUGCUAAAAAAGAUGUGAGUCGUCCACCUUCUACUACAGUGGCUAAGAAACCUACAACAGCUACAACAUCAGCUGCCCCCAAAAAACCAGAACCAUCGAGACCUGUGGCCACCGUAAAGCUCAAUGCUGCCUCCAAAUGGUCUGCGACAGCAAAGGCAACAGACCCCAAAGUGUCACAGUCCAAAACUCAACAGCCUGCAAAACCUCCCACAAAAAAACCUGUUUCUGCUGUUCGGUUCCCUGCCCUUAACAAACAACCCCUUGGCCGAACCCCACCUGCCUCUCCAGCCAGCAAACCUGCAAAUGGCAACACCUCUCAGGCAAAACGUGGAACCAAACCCACUCAGGCUGUCCCACCUUUUACUGCUAUCAAGAAGACAGGGGUUUCAGAUACUACCACACCUGCUACAGAAGCGCAGAGUACUGCCGGUGCAGCAGUAGCAGUGGUAGUAGCUGCCACAGCAGCAGCUAUUCUCGCAGAAACACAAGCUGAGGCUACAGUGGCCUUACCACAAGGAUCAUUCCUUGCUGCCGCUGCACCAGAGGAGGUCCCUCCCCCACCCUUGGCACAGAAUACCCCACCAGAGGUGGUACCUCAAGAGCUUGCGCAAAGUCAUGCAGCUGCUCCCACUCCUCCAGAAAGCCCUGUCAGUACAGCUUUCCCACAAACAUUUCCACCCCAAGAACAGCUAGAAAUCAGUGCUCCUUUACUAACAACGCAGGAGCAGAUCCCUGCCCCAGCUGAGCCCACAUUACCACCUGUGGCCUCCCCUCCAGGCCUAUCAGAAGAACCUGUUUACUUGCUAACAAACCAAACCCCCUCCACAUCUAAAACCCUCCCAGAAGUAGCAAAUGCCAUCCCUCAGAUAGAUCCUCCCACCGAUCUAAAUGAGGAAGAUGAUGAAGAGGAGAGGGAGAGAAGCCAGCUGGUUUCUAUGUCUGAAAUGAGUGGGACCACACAGCCCACAGAAGAGUCCCAUCCUGGAUCAGUUGGACCAGUGGGCGGGUCUGCUUGGCGAGCCAGUGGUGCCUUGCUUUCUGAGCUGGACUCUGAAGAUGUAAGCGGCAGCCAGCAGGGUGCGUCUGAAUUUAGCACCCCUGGUGUAAUGGAGGGCACAGAGAGCAUGGAUGAUCUGGGAGAAGGCAGCCUCAAAGGAGCCAUUGACAUGGAAGGUGCCUCAGCAGGUUCCCCUGACUCUGAGAAGGUUCCUGACAUACCAGUUAAUGACUUUGAUGAGGAUGAAGAUGAGGAGGACGAUGACAAUGAUCGUGUGUGUGACAUGGAUGUGGGCUCAGAGCGGACAGAUGAGCUGCAGAGACCCAGGCAUGACAAUGAUGUGGAUGAUGAUGAUGAGGAGGAUGAGGAUGUGGAGAUGGCUAGUGAGGGGGUGACAGAGAGUGGCCUGGAAAGCUAUGGGAAUGCAGAUGAGGAUGACUUUGCUGAGGAUGAAAGGCUGGACAACUUGAACAGAGUGGCCCAGCCACCUCCUCCCCCUCCUCUGCUGCCCUCUGCCCCAGCUGCUCAGUGGGACCAACCAAACCCCUUCGCUGAUCACUGGGCAGAACCUCUUCAGCCACAGCAGGUUCUUGAGCACAUCUCCCAGGUGGCAGGAGCAGCUGUAGCAAGUCCUUUGGUAGACCCCUGGCAAGCAGACUCUGAGACCCCAACUCAGACCCCAGCCCAAGCCUGGCUAGAACUAGGCUCUGCUCCUUUUGUUAAUGAAAACCAAGAAGCCCCCCAUCAUUCCUCUGUCAGAGAUGAGCCACAAAAUCUGCAGGCCCAAAUGUACUUGGAUCAGCCCUGCCUUGCCCCAAUGCAGACCCUGACCCCAGCUCCCCUCUCUGCCCCAGGAAUGUCUUUGUCAAGCACCCUGAGCAGUGAGACCAGCACACCUGAGGAACUUGGUGACUACAAUCGAGAGGGGAAGCUCCAGCCUCAAGAUGCGCAAGUCCCACUGCUUUCUCCCCAGCAUGACAUGGACUACCAGGACCUGGGCAUCCACUUGGAGAGCGGAGACAGGGAAGGAGAGGAGGAGGCAGAGGCAGAGACCCUGCCGGCUGACGAAGUCCUUGGAGGCCCUGCAACUGCCCCCACUUCCAACCCUUCCUCAUCCUCCGUAACAGAAGACGAGGCCAGUGACACAGAGGGAGAAGCUCAGUUGGAUGAUUCUUUGGAGAAUCCAGCAGUCGGUCACAUCACCUUUGACAGCCAGCCCUCAGCACAGCACUGCCUGUCCACUGUGGAAGAGGGAGAGGAGGCUGAUAUGGAGGAGGCCGGCGCAGGUGAAGACACCACCCCACCUUCAGCUACCUCGUUGGCGUCUUACGGCUUUGACACCAUAACCACAGCUUCAAACUCCAACGCUCAGUCCACAGGGGAGAGCUGCAUCAAGAGCCCUGGCAUCUUCUCCCUGGAGGAGCUGCCUGAGGAGGCCAAGGAGCCCUGUCUCAUCCCGCAGUCUCUCACCCAGCCGUGCCUCGCAGAGCAGCAGUACAUCGAGUGUGGGAAGCAGGGAGCAGAGUCAGCUGAGCUUGUCCACGAGGAAGCGCCGGGGUCAGAGGAAGACCCUUCAUCAACUCUGUACACUUUGCAGCAACCAGAGGAAAACCCAGACGACAUCCAACCUCCCUACUAUUCUGCUAUCUGUGAAAAGACUGAGAACUCUUUCGCAGGCUUCACUGCACUACCGCACCAUCACCGCCGCGAUCACUCAGCAUACCCUAGAACCUACUGCGACAUCGUCAUACCUCAUGGCGCCUCUGUUACCCCACCAAAGCUGACCUGUGCUGACCUCCCACCCAGGAGCCCCGGGCAGCAGGCGUUGAGCCCCCAGCUCCUCAGGCUGGAGCAACACCAGAGACAGCUGCUGGAGCUGCAGCAACGCAGGGACCAGCAGUGCAGACCACUGGAGGAGGCAGAGCAGGAGAGGAAGAAGCGGGAGGAGGAGGAGCAGAGGAAGAAGAAGGAGGAAGCGGAAGAAGAAAUAAAGAGGAAUAAAGAGGAGGAGGACAGGAAAAUAAAAGAGGCAGAGACGACAAAGAAGGAAGAGGAGCUGAAGCAGAGGAGAGACCUUGAACAACAACUGCAGCAGCAACAACAGGAGCUGAAGCAAAGGCAGCAAAUCAUGCAGUGGCAGCAAGAGCUGCAACAGUCUAAUAAAGGUACGACGGUACUGUUGUCCCCCUCCUCUGGCCUUUGCACUAUCUAUGAAGCCCUGGAGAAUAGUGAUGAAGGGGAGGCUGAAGAUGAAGAACAGGGAACAAAGAAGCUGAACCACACUGAAGAAAAUGAAGAGCUCAAGCAAGAGACGUCAAAUGAAGACAUUGACGAUGAUUGUGAAAGGGAGACGUCAGAUGAAGACAAACAUAGAGACUCUUCAUCUUCAACUGAGAUCCCGCCUCCUCACCAAGACUCCCCUCAGACACCCAGCAGCCCCUCCCAGGAUGGUGACAGCUCCUCCCCUUUCCCUCCCGAGUCUCCAGAGCGACCUCCACCCCUGGACCUGGAUUGGGGGAAGAAAGUGGACAUAGUCCAGCAGCUGAUCAAUCAGACUCUUCUGCUCAAUGGAGAUGGCUGCUCCUCCCUGCUGCUGAUGCCAGGGGGUGCAGGAGGCACACUGAGCCCCCUGGAGAGCAGCCUGUGGCCCAGCCUGCUGCCUCCACUCACCCCUCCCUCUGCCACCGUCACCUCUGUCAGUAGUUUCUCCCCAGAGGCCACUGGAAGCUCCCCACAGGGAGAGUGGACAGUGGUAGAGCUGGAGACACAUCACUGAGGGACCUGAGUGCGUGAUUUAACUCACACACUUUAAUCUGCAGAUCCUGCAGUAAUGUUAAACGUUAACAUCACUCACACAGGGAUGGUGACACAAGUGCUGUCUAUACGUGCACACAAACAUGGGAAUUCAAGAUAAGAGGAGACAAACAAGACAGGGUAAUAUACACAUGUAUGCAGAGUGGCCCACAUUUACUGUGGUGUUACUAAACACAAUAAAGCAAAAAUAAUAUUUACUUGUGGAACAGCUGUGAACAGCUGUACAAGAUAUUAUAUACAAUAUUUGGGCUGGGAAAAAAAUUGAAGUUACCAGAAGAAAUUCUUUCGCAUCGAUUUGCAUCACAAUAUCUGUUAGAGGAUAAACUAGAUCACUUAGAUGUCCGUCCCAUUGUACUGAAUGAUGCAGGGUUGUUUUAAAAUGUCAUUCCAAAGUAUUUCAGAAAAAUAACCCUCAGAGAAUUAUUUUUGUAGUGUUAAAUUAGGUAUUACAGUUCACGACGUGUAAGGAAAAUAUCAAUGAUGGAUCACCAAGAUAAUAAUUUAUAUUGAUACAAUGCCCAGUCCUGUAGGCAGACCUGUAAACUGUGGUGCUUUAGAUCAGUGGUUCCCAACCAAUAAGGGGCCACAAGAUGAAUCUGAAGGGUUCUAAAUGUACUGUAAAAACAAGCACAUUUAAUACACAGACACUAAUUGUUGGCAGUGCUACAGUUUAACAGCUGGCGGUUUAUUUCAAAUAUGUAUGAAGUUUAAUUGAUGCAAAAAAGGUAAGCGACUUUCUUGUUCUGAAUUAAAACUCUCAGGCCACAGGCCACCCUUCGCUGACAAGGGAAUGGUCAGUUUUAGGAUUCAGAAAGUUGAAGACUGUAUUAAGGUCGUGGUUAUGGUCAAGGUAAGUCAAGUCACUGAAUCAGACUGAAAUUUUAUAUUCUGUCUUUCUACUUUUUAUUAACCACCUGUUUUCAAGCCUUCUCUACAGUUUGAGGAACAAAACUGAGUGAGUGUUAAAUAUUUGGUCAUAUUCUUAGGCUUCAUCAAAAUAUAUGUCAAAACAUAUAUAUAUAUCCAUCCCAAAUUAAGAUAUCAGACAGAAUGAUGAAGGUAUUUAACUACAAUGCUGCCUAAGAGUCUGUUCAGGGCAAGAAAGUCUCUGAUGCUGCCAGUGAAGAACCUGCGUCUCAUCGCGGCCACAGAAAUUUAAGAAGACGGGCUUAACACAACACCACACCGAAACUCAGCACCUCUAUUACCUCACACACGAUAUCCUACACCAUGGCAAACACAAGACUUUACCGACUAUAAUAUUACAUUUCAAUCCUUUAAACCCACACACCUGAAACCAUGUGAUUACUGACGGAAUCCCAUGAUGCAUCACUGCUACUGACUUAACAGGGUGCAACUGGACACUUUUCUUUAUGCCAAAUCUUUGUGCCAUGGGUAGCCACUCUCACCCCAAUGGUGCCAAAUGGCCACUAUUAAUCUAAGUUAAAUACACAGAUAGAUUUGGUUGCUUUUAUUUAAGUUCCUCACCUGUAGCCCCUUUAUUUGAAGCCAGAGCUUCAUACAUGCUGACAUGUUUCCUUGUCACCCUAUUUAAAAUUGGGAAUACACUGGAGAUAUUUUGCUACUGAAUAAUGAAAGAAGACCGCUGAUCCCCAGAUUUCUGUGAAAUUGCACUUAAUGAAAUCCCUAAAGUCUUGUAAGGUAUAUUCAUUCUAAUAUGUUGAUCACAGAGGCCUAAAAGCUAUGGCUGGUUAUUUACAAGUCUCUGCUGUCGUCCGCUUUCUCAACUUACUUUGGUCUAAUUUAUUUGCAAACUGAGAUCAAAGAAAUCAUCAUGUUUACCAAAGGUUAGUGCGGCAUGCAAGCAUUUCCCUUUGAAACACUGGAGUCAGGCGCUAAUGAGGUUUUAGUUAUGUGCAUAUGAUUGUGUUGAUAGAUGAGGUUUGUUAGUGAUUUAAUUAAAUACUGCUGAAGGUUUGUUUUUGCAAAAAGAUCUCUUAUGGUCAACGUCACUGUUCUGUAGCUGCACAUGAACUUUUCCAUAGGUGUAGUCUUCCUUAGAUUCUCAUGCUCGCGUGUUAGAUGACGUUACUUCAGUCACAGACAACAGACAGAUGAUAGUCUGUGAUUACACCGGCCCUCUAGUCUGGUAACGUACAAUACACAGACUUAAUAAUUUCUAUGGGUUUUAACCGAUACUGCUGUGAAGGUCAGGGGUCACUGUUUUGUCUUAUGAGGAGGAGGAAUAUUAUUAAAAGGGAGGGAAUUCUGGGAUAUCAGGUUAUUCUGGGUAUUAACUGUGUUAAUGUUGAAUCUGUGAUGAGUUAUGGUACGGUUGUGUGUGUGUAUGUGUAUGUCUGUCUGUCUGUCUGUCUGUCUUUCAGUCAGCAUUUAAGGCAGUCAUAUUGAGAUUCACUGUAAUGUCAGUUUCUAGGAUUAGGGAAUUCUUUAAAGCCAAAUUCUCUAAUUUUCUAACACCCCUUUUAGAUCGGACUUUUAUUUCCUCUCCUGUUCCUUUAAAUCUGUUUUAUAUUUAGUCAGUUCUUGGCUUGUUGCCUUGUCCUCCAGUGUUAAAACCGUAUGAAGGCUGAAUUGUUUAUUAACUGAAGUGGAAACUGAGGAGAUUUGGCAUCCAGUCCUGUUACCUUAACUGACUUUUAAGACAGCUUCUUGCCGCUUUCCCACUAUUGGAUCCAGCAAAGAAAAUGACCCUUAUCAUUGCACACAACUUUGUCCAGUCUCUUAUCAAAGUUUGUGUAGUACAUGAGAAGCUGCAUGUCCGCACCUCCAGGCGGGACACAUUACACACUGCAUUUUUGACAAAUUUGGACUUUUUAAAUGUGCUUUCGCAAACCUGUCUGUGUAGUGUUUUUGUAAGCGUUUGUGUGUAUAUUGUUUAAAGACUGAUCACUGUAAUGAAGGGAAACUCCACUUUACUUUUGUACUUUAGAGAUUUAGAAGUAUAGUAGCCCUUUAAGAGUCAUAUAUAGAUUUUUAUUGAAUUAGAGAAUGAAUGAUGUUGGUUGUAAGUGGUAGAUUUUAUUUGUUGUUGUAAGUUAAAUGCCUUUCUUUAUGUCCAGUCAACAGAAUUGAUGGACUGAAUGGUUACAAGGUCAAACUGAACACAGCAGGCUGAACUCUUGAGUGAACAAUUUCAUGCUCAAAGUUAUUAAAUCUCCCAUUUUGGAUAUUAAUUUAUUGAAAAUGAAGUGGAGCUUAUGUGUACUAAUUUAAAUGGCUUGAUGAACCUGUUGAAAUGAAGUAAAUUGGGUGUUCUCACUUGUGAGGCCCAAAUAAUGGCAGCUUGUUUUAAAAUGUACAAUUUUCCUUAUUAUCUUUGACUUUCUGAAAAACAGAAACAUGUGAUUGUGUGUAAUUAUUUCAAUACAAUGUUUAAUGUAAAUAAAAUGUUUUUUUUAA